UAAGUACAGAUUUUAUUAUAAAAUGACAUUCACUCUGCCCGACAACGGCUGUGGAUAGGCAACCCGCCACACAGCGCGGGAGCAAGUCUACAAGAAAAGCGGCGUUUUUCACAUUACAGACAUGGUUUUUCACACUGAAUUCAAUCAAAAUUGACUGCUAACCAUACCACAAAUGUUCUGUAUAAUUUACAAGCUAUUCAAAUAAAUAGGAAAGUUUUCACUGCAUAUUCUGUGUCCUGCAUUCAAUAUCUUGCUUAUUUUGUGGACACAACAUGCACACUGAGCCCAGUUAAACUGGUGAAAAUGACUUUUUCAACUUUUCUUCAAUUUUAAUUGGAUAAACAUUAUUCUAUUACACUCAGAAGUCGACUGGAUGUUCAAUAGUAUACAUUCAGUUACAAUUACAUGCAUAUUUGUAUGAUUUUCCAACAGAAAAGUGUCUUACUUGUGUACUGUACUAGUGUGUUUGGCUGUGUAUUACCUGUGGUCAGCUUUUCGGCUAUUAUCUAGUUCCAGACCAAUAAAAGUGUACAAUAUUAUUGCAUGUGUGGAUGCGUACUGACAUGCUCUAACAGACUCAAUAGUAUUUUUGUGAAUUUCUUUGCACACAAUUGAUGGAUAGUCGAUCAAGUGUUGCAGUGUACCGAGUUCGGCCGGGUAUGGGAGUGUUUGAACGACUUUUUCAAUAGAAAAUCACUAAUAAUUACCAUAUAAACCUAUUCAGUUGUCUAGAGAAUAGUGUGAGCAAUCCAACAAUACGAUUUGCAGCUUUGUAGCACGAGCGAUUGCAAAGUUAUAAGCAAAAGAGUGCCGGCCAACAAGCACGAAUUUCUGCUGAACUAUCACAAUUUUGGCUUGCCACCGCUGCAGCUUCCAUAUCGGUCCGUACAAGUCUAUAUAGGUCGGUUGUUUUCAAUGAAUCUCGAAGCUAUUGAAAGCAAGUUAGCAUCAGCAGCAGCGAUACCACUACUGUCUACUCUACUACUCAACAACAAGAUGUCAGCCGAGACAGCAACCAGUCCAGCGGCAACGGUCCCAGCCGCGUCCACACCGGCCAAGGCGAAGAAGGCGGCCGCAUCGAAAGCAGCAGCCAGCUCCAAGAAGCCGCGUGCCAAGCCAGCACACCCGCCAACCGGCGAAAUGGUGAACGCUGCUAUUGCCGGACUCAAGGAGCGUGGUGGCUCGUCACUGCAGGCGAUCAAGAAGUACAUUGCUGCCAACUACAAGGCCGACGCAGAGAAGCUGGCGCCGUUCAUCAAGAAGUACCUGAAGACAGCCGUCGCAUCGGGAGCUCUCACCCAGCCGAAAGGCAAGGGUGCCGCCGGCUCGUUCAAGAUCUCGGUGAAGGAAGCAGCCAAGGGUGCUGCCCCGAAGCCGGCUAGUGCCAAGCCGAAGUCAGCUCAGCCAAAGAAGAAGAAGCCCACUGCUGCCGGAGCAAAGCCGAAGAAGGCCGUUGCCUCGGCUACAAAGAGCAAGGCAACGUCUGCUGCCGCCGGUGAGAAGAAGAAGGCCGCAGCUAGCAAGCCAGCCGCCGCGAAGAAGAGCAGUGCUGCUGCUUCGGCAGCCAAGUCCAAGUCUCCUAAGGCGAAAAAGGUCACCAAGCCGCCUACCAAGAAGCCCAAGUCGCCGAAGCCGAAGAAGGCAGCCGUCGCCAAGAAACCAAAGAAGGCUACUGUCACUAAGAAGAAGUAAAUUCUUCUACGGACCUACCACACACCAGCCAGCCGAGGGGCCUGCCGCUGUCGUCGCAAGCACUUCACAUAAAAACGGCUCUUUUCAGGGCCUCCA